AAUCAUCAUCCUUUGGACCGCUUUGCUCCUCUCGCCUCUUUCGACCAUCUGCGCUCUCCCACUCCCUCUCGCUUAUGGCGGCCGCGGAAGGCGCUCGGCUUCACCAUAUCGCGAGGGAAUCGCCCGACGUCAAACGCCUCGCCGCCUUCUACCAAGAGGUGUUAGGUUUUGAGCGGAUCGAGACCCCCAAAUUUGGGGAGUUCGAGGUGAUCUGGCUUCGCCUCCCGCCGUCUUUCUCGCUCCAUCUCAUCGAGAAGGACCCCCGGUCGAAGCUCCCUGAGGGACCGUCCGCUGUCGCUGAUCCCAGCGCUCUUCCGAGGGGCCACCACAUCUCCUUCGCUGUCUCCAACUAUGAAACCUUCGUCCAAACUCUGAAGGAGAAAGGGAUCAAGACGUUUGAGAAAACCCAACCGGAUGGGAAGACGAAGCAAGUCUUCUUCUUUGAUCCCGACGGUAAUGGAUUGGAAGUUGGAAGCUGGUAAUCCCCUCUGAAGAACAAUGUGUAGAUAAAUAACAGCAGUAUCUUAGUUCCAAGAAUACGCCUAAUCUACCAGCCAGCGGGAUCUAUCUACUAGCCAACAUGAUCUAUGUUAUAUCCUCUGGCUCUUUUGUGUUUCAAACUCUAUAACUGGACAAAUAUUCUAAUAAAGCUCUAUGUAUUUCCAA